GGAAAAAAAAUUGUCAUAGACAAUACACAUUUACCCUGAUAACCAUGUUCAACGUAAGUUAACAUCAAAUAUCAUUUCAACUUGUUGACAAUCCGUUACCGAAACUGGUCAUAAAAUUUCCAGUUAAGCUGUAGCACAUACAUUUUGUAAGCUUACCGUUAAGUUAUAGAUAAUAAACGGAUAUACCACUGAAGUAGGAGAGGUCUAUGGGAUAUACAGAAUAUUGUAAAAAUUUAACGUUUGUGCUCUUCAUUAAGUAACUUAUCAAUAAAAGCUGCUAAACGAUGAUAAAAAAAAACAAUCUAAAUAAUCAUCAAUAAAACAACUGUAGUUGCUAGAUGACGCUACUGUCGCGUUAAAGCGGCAAUUAAAUGUAAAAAAUUAUGUUCGUUCGGAAAUUUUCAAUUAUUGUUAUUAAUUUAUUACAUAAAUAUCAUAUACAAAUUUUCGUAACAGUUACAAAAUUAAAUAUUAGGUCCUUACAUAUGAAAUCGGCGUUUUGUACGGGAGGAAUACAAUGUAAUUUUUUUUUAUGUAAAAUAUAUUUCAUUAAAGUAUGCUCCGUUGUUAUCUUUGCACUUUUGCUAUCUCAUAGAUCUCUUUACUAUUGAUCUCUUUACUAAAAAAACUAUGGUACUACAAAUGGUACUCGUACUGUAACGAAAACCUGGAGCGCGUAUUUUCUCUUAUUCUCUGUUUCGACACAGCUUGAGCUUAGAGUAUGUAUUUUUGUGAUUCCUCCUAUUUAUUUUCUAUUAAAACCUCCACGAAGGCAUAAAACUGUCGCUUUUUUUCUUUUUAAAUUUUCAUGUCUUUCAUCGGUACAUACGACACAUGUCAUGGCAUUAUAAAAUAAUAUGUCGAAUUAUAUGUAGGUAUCGUACUCGCAAUAAUGUAAAAAUAAAUAAAUCUAUCAAAUAUUGUGAAGUUUUUGUCAUCAAAACGCAUUGAAGAUUCCGAUUGGUUAGUUGCUUUCGAUUUAAAUUGUGUGUCUAUAUUUUACCGCCCGCCAGAAAAAUUAGCGCAGUUCUUCUUGUCUACGCUCUUCGUCCCACUUUGAAUUUCUUAAAAUUUCCAUUAGAAAAAAAUAUCAACAUUUAAAAACCCUUUAGAAGGAGAAGAUGAAACCAAAAUUUAAAAAUUAUCAUUUGUAUUUUUCCUUACUACCACCAUGUGAUAUUAAAUGAAUGACUUUAGAAUGUAAGACUCUUAAAAGUUAUUAUUUAUUCGAUAAUUUGUAUUAGUGGAAAUUCGUCCAGGAUUUUGGUGCAGCUUAAAAAGUCAUAAGUAAUAGUUAAAUAUAUGAAGUCCUAUAAAUUUUAACAUGUGAAUUCCGAUUAAGAUUAUUAAUUUCCCAAAUUCCAUUUCAUAGUACUAUUUUGGCAAAACGCACCAUAUACGCUGGCAGCAUUAAAUCAUAGACUAAAGCGUCAAUCGUAAUCAUAUGAUCACUUUUCACAUGACCGAUGGUCACUCGUCAUCGCCCAUUUUUCGAUAUUUUUAUGACAGUUUUCACAAGUUUUCGGACUAAAACCUAAUAUUUUAGUCCACUAACGUCCACUAGUGUAGUACAAAGAUGGCGUUUUGCCGUUUACUGUUCCCGUUGCUAGUUCUAAGCGUGGCCAGUGCGUCGACGGUGCCAGUGUUCUUAUGGGGCGACUUAUCCAGUAGCUCUGGAAACUCCCUGAAAUCGAACCCAUUGAGCACGGUGUCCGCUCAAGGGUUCAGCGAAAUUUUGAAUAAUGAGCUGAAAGACGACCCCUACGUGAUAGUAUUCCUUGAAGAAACCUUAUCGGUCGAAGAUUUUUCACGUAAAAAUAACGAAGGUGAUAUUUCGAUUCCGUACCUGUAUGAUAAUUUAAGUGACGCUCUGUACUUGCCUUCCGUCGAAGAUGCCUCAAGAGUACUCGAGGAGGUCGCCAAAGGAGCUGUUCAUAUAAAACUCACCCAAAACGGACUCUCUGCAGCCAUUGAAGAUAAAAAUAACAGGUUUAUGUUCAUCGCCUUGAAGGAUGCUAUGGAAGGCGAGUCACGUUACGACCUCCUCCGGCGCCAUAGCAACUUUAUGGAGGACCAGAUAUCUAAGCUGGAGAAGAAAGGUGAUGUAAUAGCUGUAUACACUGCCCGAAACCCAUCAUGGACCAUUCCGGACACCCACUCAAGGGUUCGUCGUCAAGCCAACUCUUCUGUAACCAACGGACCUGAUUACUCAUUAGACGGUCUGCGUUUGUACUUAACCGGCGUUACAUUAGACCACAGCAAUGCCAGCGUGACAUUCACAAACUAUGCAGGCGGCUCAUCUGAAUACAAUACAACAACUGGAGUCUUGAACGGCACUUUAAACUUUGAUCAGGGAAGCCUGACUCUUAACUUCCACAGGGCCGCAGGAUAUUGGUUCUUUGACACCGUGCACUUUGUCCAGACCAAUCCGGCUGUUGACGAGAUCCUCUAUGCCACUGACGACUUGAAUGCCCUGCUCGACUUUUCUUAUCGUUGCAAACAGUCUGUCAGCUUCAAGAGUAUCAACGAGACACAAGAGUACAAGGUGUCGUUUAUCGAUAUAAAGGUGCAGCCGUUCUUUGGUCCAACAAACGCUUCGACUCCGUUUGGGGAUUCCUUUAACUGCGUCGGAUUCUUCUCUGCCCCCAUCUGGUCCGGUCUGUUCGUUGUGUUCAUAUUGCUGUCCAUAACCUUCUAUGGCAUCAUGACCAUGAUGGACAUUAAAACCAUGGAUAGGUUCGAUGACCCGAAAGGCAAAACCAUUACCAUAAACGCAGGAGAGUAAUUAAAAAAAUAUUGAAAUACAUUUAUACGCGAUGUUAGGUUUUUUUUUGGUAUAAUCUGUAUAAUGCUCGCGGUACAGAUAAAAUCUAGAUGUACAUUUGUUUUUUUUUUAAUCUGUAGUUUAUUUUCGAUAUCGGGUUUUGCUUUCGUGUACGCUUUCGCUCUUUUUUUUUUAACUGGUAUACAUCUUUUUCUUGUUAUUUUUAUCAAGUAUUUUUUUGUUUUCGGAAACCUAAUGUUCGCGUAUAUAAUAGUAAAUAUGAAACGUCUGUCUAUUUCUGGUGCUCUCGAGAAGAGUCUACAACGAGCUCAAAAAACUAUAAAAAAACCACGAAUAUUUAUUUGAAAGGAUAAUAAUUAACAAAAAUAAAUAAAACUAAAGAUAAUGUUAACGUAUUUUUAAAUAAGUAAAAUAUAUAUAUAUAUAAAUUUAGCGAGAAUUCCUACUAAUGGUGCCUCAACAUAAGCAAUAGACAAUAUAAUAAUGAACCCUAAUGUAGAUUUAAAAAAAACAUUCCCAAAAAAAAUGGGUCAAUAAUGAAUGCUUAUAUUUAUAUUAAUAUACUUAAUAUGCGAAAAGAAAUAUAUUUACUAGAAUGUAAGCAAAAAUGUGCCUAAACAUAAACCUAUAAGGCCUUACUCACGAUGAGCGUUAGAAAAGCGGCGUUUUUAAAGCUAAGUUACUAAAUCGCUUGUACCUCACUGUCGUAAAAUAUUGAAGCAUAAAUUACUAAAGACUUGGGCGAAUUUUAUCACGAUUCUUCUAGAAAUGGUCUCUUGGAUUUUGAGCGACUAACUAUUUUCACUCAUCGUGACUUAUGGUCGUUAGUGAUUCAACAGCCAAAUAACUGGCUGUUAGCAGUAGAAUGGAAAGUGAUCACGAGAAGCGAAUGUCUUUUAACCGUUUGCCCAAUUUAGGAGUGGAUAAAAAAACUUAAAUGAUGGCCGCGUUCGAAAAGGCUCUUGUGGUACGCUUUAUAAAUAAGUUUCAAGCUUUUAAUUAUACAAGUUCUGCCUUAAAAUAAGCACAAUAACGACGACGUUUGAUAUUCCGAGCUUUUGAGUAUAUAUAUAGUGUUUAAAAUUAUAAUAGAAAAAGAAAUACAAAAAAUAAAAAAAUAAAAACAAUGUGUAACUAAGUAAUAAAAGCCCCUCCAUUAUGGUGCCAAUUCGUGUUGUAUUUUCGAAUAAAUAAAUAGAUUGUAGAAUAAAACCAUGAUUGUUCGUAACAAGAUUUUGUUAAUUUAUUUAUAUGUCCCUCCACGGCUUUGUUUGCACGAAGUUUUCCCAUGAAAAAAAUCCGACGUUAAAAAUGUGUGUACGUACAUUGAUUUCCAGUAUUCUAUUUCGAGCGUCAGAACGCAGCGUCAAAUCCGUUCGUACGAACGAGCCCUUAGUUUGUAAGCACAACACCGAUCCGUGUAAAUAGCGCUUUUGAAAACAUAUUAUGUUAAAGUUUUGUUGAGAUAUUUUGAUGAAGUAUUAAAAUGUUGUGUGACCGAA